GACGCUCGGAAUAACGAUGUCAGAGCUGUGGAGCUCGUCACUUUGCCUGUCUGGAGUUCUGUUUAUAAGCUUUCUUUCCCUGGCGACCGCAAGCUCCUCAUCAGUCAGUCAUCAGAUGUCUCCUGAUCUCAUCCAUCCUCCACAAAACAGGAGCAGAGCACAGAGACACAGACAUCAGAUCAACUCCACACGAACACAGACAGAUUUAAAAGGGCCCAACGUCUGUGGCACCAGGUGCUGUUAUUCAUGGCUGGUCAAUCCCAAAACCAAACAAUGCACAAAACCAAGAUGUCAUCCGCGGUGCCAUAAUAAAGCAGUCUGUAGUCGGCCGAACAUCUGUCAGUGCCGUCCGGGCUUCCACGGCCAUCGCUGUGAACACGCAGACGUCACACUGACCACGAGCUCCUGGUUUGAAGCACAUCCUGGUCCCACGGUAUCAAUCCCUACCACGGCAACAGUUACUAUGGUAAUGCCCGCAUCCACCACCAUCCCUGGCAACAGCUCCACAUCUCCCUCCAGUGAUGCCAGUUCAGAUACAAGAAAGACAUAUUCAUUACACUGGCAGCCACCCAGUUUAAAAGAGGACCAGUCGGCCCUGUUAAAAAAAGCUCUGUCCAGUGGAACUGGUGGAGAGAAGAUCACAAGUGUCAUACUGAAAUACAUUGAAUCAGAGCGAAGAAGACUGGAGUCUUUAUCCUCUACCAGAGCAACAGAAAUCUCCUGCACCAAAACCUUCCACACUCAACGCGGCCAGUUCACCCUCAUCUACACCGCAGCCGUGGCUCAGCUCUCGUCCGGCCAGCAGCAGAGCUCCGCUGUCGUCCGGGGAGGUUCGGAGCGGAUCAAAGUGCUCUUCACCCCCACCAUCUGCAGGCUGCGCUGCACGCAGGGACGCUGCACCAACUACUGCGAGCGCGGAAAUGUCACCACUAUCUACAACAGUGAGCAGGGAGGACAGACGCCGCCUGGAUCCGGCUUCAGAGUGUUCGUGUGUCCGAUGUUGUGUAAGAACGGAGGAGUGUGCGUACAGAAGGAUCAGUGUCUCUGCCCGCCCAACUUCACUGGGAAGUUCUGCCACAUCCCCGUCUCCACCGCCGCCUCCACCAAUGACAUCGAGAAACGGGCCACGGGUGCUGUGGAUUCAGCCAAUCAGCCAAUGACAUCUGAGUACAUUCUGCCUCUGCAGACGCCUGAGCAGAUCAACACCAAUGCGUCCCCGAUGGUGAAGGUGCGAGUCCAGCACCCUCCAGAGGCCAGUGUGAAGAUCCACCAGGUCCUGAAGGUGGGCUACAGCCCCACCGUCCACUCAGAAACCGUGACCUGGUCUGCGGGGCUCUCAGGGGCCCGUCCUCACCAGCUGCGGGGAGAGAGAGCCGAGGCGCCGCCGCCCAGGGUUCAAGCCCAGACCAUACGCGGGGAUUCAGUCUACACCGAUACGUCCGGCUUCAAAUACUGCUUCAGAGAAGUGCGCAACGGACAGUGCAGUUCUCCGUUACCUGGUCUGAGGAGUCAGGAGAUGUGCUGCCGGGGAGCUGGGAAGGCCUGGGGCAUCAACGAAUGCACGCUCUGUCCCGCAGUCCUAGGAAACACUGUGAAUGGACAGGGAAGCUGCCCGAAAGGCUUCGAGAGGUUCAACGGGACGCAGUGUGUGGAUAUUAACGAGUGUUUGCAGCCGGGUUUCUGUGAAAACGGGAACUGUGUUAACACCCGAGGGAGCUACAGUUGUGUCUGCAAAGAGGGCUACUUAUUGGACGCCUCUCAUGGGAUCUGCAUCUCGCAGAAGGUGAUCUCCUCGGAGAAGGACCAGUGUUUCCGUAUCCUGAACCAGGGUUCCUGUUCUCUGCCCAUCCUGAGGAACAUCACCAAACAGAUCUGCUGCUGCAGUCGAGUGGGCAAAGCCUGGGGGAAGAAGUGUGAGUUAUGCCCGUACUUCGGCUCAGCCGCCUUCAAAGAGAUCUGUCCUGCCGGACCGGGUUACCAUUAUUCGGCUUUGCCUGUCAAGUUUAACCAGAGGAUAGUUGAGAUUCUUGACACCGGCGGACCUCCUUUGGUGUCCGAAAAUGUCCGCACAUCCACCCAAGACAUAGCAUCCCAACCUGAAGGCUCCAGGACUCACUCCACAAUCUCACAGUCAACCCGAAUCCAGCAAACGGCGCAUUCACCGACCAACACGCAGACCAUCAGAGUCCAGCAGAGUCCUGCGAGACCACAGCAACCUGACGCGGCUUCACAGGCCGGAUCGGUUAUCUUCAUAACUCAACCAAAACCAAACCUGUCAACAAGCGGCAGCUCACAAACCACAAACGCCAGACCUCAGCAGCCUUCCAGCCAGCCGGCCAGAGUGAACACACCUGUUGUACGGACGCAAACCAGCCGGCCUUCAGUUAUCAGACAGCCAAUAUCUCCCGUCAGACCUCCUCCUGUACCGGCUACAGCCCGACCACUUCCAACUAGACAAGAUGGUGCAGUGUGUGCAUCGAGACCUCAGGUGUGCGGCCCGGGGCACUGUGUUGACCUGCCAGGGGGUCGACACACGUGUGUGUGUAACACUGGAUAUAUCCUCAACCCUCAGCAGGGCCACUGCCAAGACAUAAACGAGUGUGUGCUGACGCCCCGUCCGUGUUCUGUGGGUCAGUGUGAGAAUACAGCGGGCAGCUUCCGGUGUGUUUGUCCGUCAGGAUACCAGACCAACUCGCAGCAGACCUUGUGUGUGGAUUUGGAUGAGUGCCGUCAGGUGCCCAAUCCCUGUGUGAACGGCCGCUGUGAAAACACACUGGGCAGCUUCAGGUGUUUGUGCAGGACUGGACACAAGCUACAGGGCAACAGCUGCAUAGACAUCGAUGAGUGUGUCGACCCCCUGCGCUGUCCGGGUCAAGAGUGUGUGAACUCUCAGGGCUCUUACAGGUGUGUCUCCUGUAAACCGGGCUUUGAUCUGCUCAACGGACAAUGUUCAGAUAUUGAUGAAUGUCGUCGGACGCCGUCUCCAUGUCCGGCCGCGGGCCGCUGUGAAAACACUCCCGGCAGCUACAGAUGCUCGUGUCGAGCCGGAUACAGAUUCCAGGCCAACGUCUGCGUGGAUGUGAAUGAGUGUGACGAUCCGCUGCAGUGUCCCGGACAGGAGUGUGUGAACUCUCAGGGAUCGUAUCGCUGUGUGUCAUGCAGACCCGGAUUUAGCCUUAAAAACAGAGCCUGUUCAGAUAUCGACGAGUGUCGUCAGACUCCUGAUGUGUGUGUUAACGGCCGCUGUGUGAAUAACAUGGGCAGCUACAGCUGUGUGUGUCGCGCUGGAUUCAGACUGGAGGGAAACAUCUGCAAAGAUGUGAACGAGUGUGAAAACGAGCUUCAGUGUCCAGGAAAGGAGUGUGUGAACUCAGUCGGCUCUUUUAAGUGUGUGUCCUGUCAGCCAGGCUUCGAGUUUCUUCACGGCCGAUGCCAAGAUAUAGAUGAAUGUAGGCAAAAGCCCACACGCUGCACUAAUGGCCAAUGCAUGAACACUCCUGGCAGCUUCAGAUGUGUGUGUGAUCUGGGAUUCAGUCUACAGGAGGGCACAUGCACGGAUCUCGAUGAGUGUCUGGAUGUGCUGCAGUGUCCCGGGCAACAGUGCCUCAACUCUCCAGGCUCGUAUAAGUGCGUUCCCUGCAGAGAUGGACACAGCAUGCAGAACGGACGCUGCUCAGACAAUGAUGAAUGUGUGAAUCCUCACCUGUGCGGGCCGCAGAGCGUGUGUGUGAACACGGACGGAUCGUACCGCUGCGACUGCUCACCAGGGUUCAGAGCAGCCGGACCACGGCGCCAGUGCAGAGACAUUAACGAGUGUCUGGAAGGAGAUUUCUGCUUCCCGAGUGGAGAGUGUGUGAACACGGAGGGAUCCUAUAAGUGUGUUUGUGCGCAGGGCUACAGGAGCGCUGCUAACGGGACGUCCUGCCAAGAUGUGGACGAGUGUGUUCAGGAGGGAGUUUGUCAGGAUGGCCGCUGCACCAACACUGAGGGAUCGUUUCUGUGCCACUGUAACACCGGCUUCACCACCAACCCAGAGAGAACAGCCUGCCUGGAUGUGAACGAGUGUCUGGACUCGGAGCGACUGGUGUGUGGAUCCCAGCGCUGUGAGAACACCAUCGGCUCGUUCAGCUGUCUGGCAUCCUGUGAGCCCGGAUACCACAUCACUGCCUCUGGAGAGUGUGUGGACAUUAACGAGUGCGCUAACGAGACGGUGUGCGGACAUCACGCCUUCUGCCAGAAUCUGAUCGGCACAUAUCAGUGUCUGUGUGACCAGGGCUACACGUCCACCAGAGAUGGACAGAUGUGUGUGGACAUAAACGAGUGUGAGACGAUGCAGGGUGUGUGUGGCUCGGCGCGCUGCUGGAAUGUCGAGGGCUCGUUCACGUGUGAGUGUGAGAACGGACAGGAGGAAUUUGACCCAAAUGCAGGCCAGUGUGUGAACAGAGAGAGCACAGGUCGGUCAGAGCCGCCUGGCAGAGCCUCCUCUUCCUCGGCUGGAUCGUCUGGCUCUCUGCUGCAGUCUCGGCCCGGAGAAACCAGAGAGUGUUACUAUGGUGUAUCUGAGCCAUACUCCUGCAAGAUACUGGCCCCAAACACCACGCUGCAGGAGUGCUGCUGUACAGCGGGACGGGGCUGGGGCCUCAUGUGCCAAUAUGACGUCUGUCCCGAGAUGGGAACAGUGGAAUUCCAGUCGCUGUGUCCCAGCGGAAGAGGGUACAUCACCACUGAAACGGGAGCGUUCAGCUACAAGGAUGUGGAUGAGUGUAAGCUGUUUGACCCGGAGGUGUGUAAAGGCGGCGUGUGUGUCAACAACAUUCCUGGCUACGCCUGUUACUGUCCCAGUGGAUUCUACUACGACACGGAUCUGCUGGAGUGCAUCGAUAAUAAUGAAUGUGAGAGUGAGGAGACCUGCACUGGCGGUCAGUGUGUCAAUACACUGGGAACGUUUUACUGUACGUGUGAGCCCCCUCUAGUGCUGGACGACACACAGCGCAACUGUGUCAAUGCCAGCGACCUCGCCGAGGAUGAGAACUUAAACUUCUGUUGGCGUCACGUCACAGCGAGUCUAGUGUGUCAGAGUCCUUUGUUAGGAACUCAGCUGACCUUCACUGAGUGCUGCUGUUUGUAUGGUGAAGCCUGGGGUCUGCAGUGUGCCCUCUGCCCCCGCAGAGAUGAAGAGGCCUAUGAGGCUCUGUGUAAUGAGUUCGGUCCUCCUCCUUACUCUCCUCGUUACUACGAGCGCUUCGGCUCGGGGCCCUUGUCUGGAAGAGGAGGGUACCGCCCGCCGUACAGCCCCCCAGAGUACCCCGAACCGAAUAUAUCCCCUGGUUACGAUGACUACAGUCCUGUGGGAGCGGGUGAACGGCGGUCGGGGCUGAGAGGCAGACCCCCCAGCUCAUACGGGCUCCCAGACGCCCCCUACAGGCCCCCGGCCCCGAGUGGAAGUCGUUACUAUGAGGAGGAGGAUGAUUAUGAAACUGCGCCCGGCCCUCCCUUCGGUAUCCCGGAUCCUCAUGGCGAGCGAAUGUUUGAUGCUCGACCCCUGCCAUCUCGUCCAGACAGGCCUCCGUUCAGUUUGGCCCCGCUUCCGGAAAACUCCCCGUACAGCGAGGGCGAGGAGACAUGGAGAGCCCCGCCCCCAUUCCCAAUGUUUCCUGACAGACGGGAGGGACCACGACAAGCCUAUGAGCGGAGAUAUGAAUCCUACGGGAGUCUGAGUUCAGAAGAGUGUGGCAUCAUCCACGGUUGUGAAAACGGACGCUGCAUUCGCGUGGAGGAGGGUUACACGUGCGACUGUUACGACGGCUACCAGCUGGACAUCACUAGCAUGACGUGCACAGAUGUGGACGAGUGUGACGAUGAAGACGCGCUCGACUGCGUUAACGCUCGCUGCAUGAACACGGAGGGCUCGUACAGGUGUGUGUGUCUCAGGGGCUUUAUCAUGUCCCGAAGACCCAACCACUGCAUCCCGGCUUGAUCGGAGACUGCAUUUAGAGACUUAUUAAUUAUUUUUCCCUAUUUCCACCACCUUGCUGUAAAUUGUUGAUUUUAUGACAAUGCUUCUGUGUAUAUCUAAAAGUCUAAUAGUGAAGCUUUACACACGAGGAUCAAUACUGUUGUACGCAAAAGAAAAAUCGGUAACACUUCAAGCCUUUAUUUAUAAUGCAUUAUAAAGUAUUUGCAAUGCAUGUUGUAAUGCAUAACUAACUGUAACCAAGGUUAAAAUGCAUUCUAAUAUUUGAAGGGUUGUUUUUCAUUCAUUACACUUUUUAAAGAUGUGUUAGUGUAUAGCUUACAUUUAGUCAUUCAGCAGACACUUUUAUCCAGAAGCAAUCAGAAACAACAAAAGAGCAACAGAAUGAUGUAUUUUAACUCUGGUUCACCGUAUGCAUUAUGAAGUGCAUUACAAGACAUAAUUAAUGCAUUAAAAGUGUUAUCCUUAUCUUACUUUUAUAAUGUAUUAUACAUAAAGUGUUAUAAAAAAUUAUAUAUUAGUGGACUUUUUCAUUGGUUUAAAUGCAGGCCAGAUGAGCUUGAAUGUCUGUCAUAAAUAUUUACGAAACUGCAUAAACUAGAAGUGUUUUUACUCAGAUUUCAUAUUUAUAUACCCAUAUCAAUGAAGGCAAUUCCAUGUAUGCUAUAUAUAAAUAUAUGUAUUUUUGGAAUUUCACCACGUUGCUAUUUGAUACUGUAAAAUCUCUUCUCUAUCUUUGGUCUGUCAGAAACCCCCGCGUCACGUAACACAAAAUGCACUGUAUUUGUGGGGGAAAUGCAGUCGUGAACUGCUAUUGUACAUCUCAGAUGUUUUUAUGUGUACGUUUUUGAUCUCUUCUAUGUCGUCUAGAAAUAUAUUUGCACAAGUUCCCACCGA